ACAUGGGUUACAUUCAGAUUAUCAGUUUUUACUCAUGUUUUCUGAAAGAUAUCCAUGUCAUCUGAAGAAGAAACAGAUAUUAGUGAAUCAGAGAUGGAAGACUAUGCUGAUACAUGGUAUCAGAAAUUAAAGGAGGGCUAUGGAAAGGAAAAGAUUUCUGGUAAAGUUUACCAGUGUCCAUUCUGUCCUGGAAAAAAGAAGCAGGCCUACAGUUUCAAUGACCUUGUCCAACAUUCUUCAGGAGUGAGCAAGGCUAGCUCACGGAAAGUGAACGAUAAAGGGAAGCAUUUAGGUCUUACAAAGUAUUUGAACAAUGAUCUGCUAAGGAAAGAUUCCUUUCCAAUGGAAACUGAAUUACAACCAAUACAUCAUGAGAAUGAUGCUGAUCAGAAAUAUGCAUUUCCUUGGAUGGGAAUUGUAGCAAAUCUUCCCACUGAGUGGAAGGACGGGCGUUAUGUGGGAAAAAGUGGCUCAGGGCUCAGGGAUGACUUGACAAGCAAAGGGUUCAAUCCACUACGGGUACAUCCAUUGUGGAACUGUAGAGGUCAUUCAGGAAAAGCCGUGGUCGAAUUUGAUAAUGAUUGGACUGGUUUUGCUAAUGCAAUUAAGUUUCAGAAGAGCUAUGAAUCACAACAUCAAGGAAAGAAGGACUAUCUAGUUUCUCAAGAUAAGGGAGAUAAAUUAUAUGGUUGGAUUGCAAAGACUGAUGAUUAUAACUCAUCAGAUAUAAUUGGUGACUAUCUGCGGAAAACAGGCGAUCUAAAAUCCAUCUCUGAGGUUGAGUCAGAAGAGAAGCGCAAAACUGACUCGCUUGUCUCUAAUCUGUCUAAUACAAUCGAGGCCAAACGUAGGAGCCUCAAGGAGAUAGAAAGCAAAUGCAAUGAAACUUCCAUGUCCCUAAAGAAUGUGAUGAGGCAAAGAGAUGCAAUGGUCCAAGAGUAUAAUGAAGACCUACAAAGGAUGGCGAAGAAUGCUCAUGGUCAACUUGAAAAGAUGUUCAAGGAACAAGAGAAAAGUAAAUCGUAUUUUGAAGCAAGACGCAAAGCUCUUGAGUUGCGUGAAAAGGAGUUGGUGGAAAGAGAGGCGCUCAAUGAUAGUCAGAGAGAAGAGCUUCAUCUGUUGAAACAAAUGAAUGAGAGAGCAGCAAUGGAGCAAAAGAAGUUUGAUGAAAGUGUCUUGAUUUUGGCGGAAGAACACAAGAAAGCGAAAGAAACUCUCCGACAGAAGAACAUGGAGCUGCAAAAGAAACUCGACUUAAAGCAAGCGCUAGAGCUGGAGAUAGAACGUCUCACAGGGGCUAUGCAAGUAACAAAACACAUGGGAGAUGGCCAGGAUGUGAAGAAAAAAUUGGACGAGAUUGACGAGAGCGUAAAGGAGAAAAAAGAAGAACUAGAAGGUCUUGAAGCUUUGAAUCAAGCUUUAGUUGUCAAAGAGCAGAAGACAGCUGUUGAGUUAAAUGAUGCCAGGAAGGAGUUGAGUGAUGGAAUGAAGGAAAACACUUCUCGAGCUUUGAUCAUUGUCAAGAGAAUGGGAGAUCUUGAAGAUUUGUGGAACAAUAAGCUAGGAAGGAAAGCUUCUCUCAAGGAAGGCAUAACAUAUCUUCUCCAGCAGUUGAAGGCCAGUAAAGCGAAGAAGCGUUAGCGUUCAAAGUUAAGUUUAUCAUUUUGAAUUGAACACCAUGCCUUUCCAAGAGAUUAGAAUUGUUUUAGAAAACCAGUUCAGCGUAUGUUAUCGUUGUAAAGGUCAGAUUUGCGAAUAUUUUACACUUUUCAGUAUGGUGGUAUACGGUAUGAUACAAGAAAUUGAACCAUUUGAAGUAGGCUACUACUCCAAAAGGUUGUCUAUGGAACAGCAAAAGCAGAUGUGGAAUUUAAUAGUAGUAUCAAAGUAAUCUUAAAAACUUCAAACAAUGAAUGGCCCCUAUAAUCUGUUUUCCCUUUUGAACGAUAUAUUAUACCAAACUUCCGUUUUGUUCUAGAAAUAAUUCUGUUGACUGUUGAGCAAAGAAGCA